AUGCGUGGGUAAAUUUUGAACAUAGUAUUAUUAACUGUUCAACUCAAAAACUAACAAUUUAAUUCCUUAAAAAAUCAAAAAAGGUAAAUAUAUAAUAAUUUACAAAAGAUGUCUAACAAAAAUAAUUAUUUUGGAAACGACUUCUAAUGUAAUCUCUUCAAUAGAUUAACUUAUAAGGAAUUAAAAUCUGAUCUUUCAAAAUUUGUAUGUUUUGUACAGUAAUAUUUUAGAUGCACGAUAUCAAUGAAUACUAUUCAUAUAAAUCAGACUUUUAUGAGGCUUUUCAGAUUUAUGUCCUUGCAAGAGAGAAACUAAUGGGCACAAAGAGUAUUAAUAAAGUAAGAAAUUCUAAAUUAUUUUUAUAAGGAAGAGCUUACUGAUUUAAUCUAGCAACUGGACACCAAUGAGGGAAUGAUCAAAUUUUAUGAAUUCUAUAGAGACUGUAAAUAAUAUUUUCAGUAAAAUAUUUAGAAAACUUUCCACCAAAGCCUCAAGAAUUAAAGAAUUUGUUCACACAUUUCUAAAGAGAAAAAAUAAAAUUUUAAGCAUUACUAUCUCCUUAAAAUGAGAAUAAAUAGACAAUAAUAUUUGUUUCGGCUUAAGAAACAAAUUUUUAAUAAACUGAAAAUCAAUAAAUUCUUUCAGAAAUUCAACUUGGUCCUUGCUGUCAAGAGCUUUAUAAUAUAGUACUUAACUACGAUAACGACUCAAUGCUGGACAAAGUAUUUUCCUGUUUCUAUUUAGGCAUACAAAACUAUAUAAUUAAUUGAUAAAACCCAACUUUCUUAGAAUUAAAUCAUAAGGUUAUCCGUAAUCGAGAAUUCAUAUGAAUUCAUGAUAAAAAAUUUAAUGGAACUGGAAUCAAAUGGAUGGACAUUGGAUAAAAGUAGUCAUGGUAUUAGUGUUUCCUAUAAAUUUCCACCAAAAUCAUCAACAGUAUCGUUGCUUAUGGAAGCAGAGGUUGAGACUGAUUGUGCUAAGCUGAUGGCUUUGAUCACCGAAGUGGAACUCUUUUCAGAGUAUGUUCCUUUUUGUAAUUAUGCAACAACAAUAAAACUACUUUCAAAGACAUAGAAAGUUUGUGUGAGUUAGCUUUAUUUUCCAGUUAUUUCUAAUAGAGAAACAGUAUUUUUCGGUCAAGGUAUCGAUAGAUUAGAAGAGAAUGGAACAAUAGUGUUUUUAUGUAAAUCUAUAGAUCAAGAUCAAAAAUUUCUAGAUUACUAUGAUUUAUAACUUCAUAAAUCAAAGAAUGUAAGGUUGUAAUUAAAUUAUUAUAUUUUUUAAAUAACUCCUUUAACCAAAACUAAAUGUAAGAUUAAAGCUGUUAAUAAUUGUGAUCCAUAAUUAUCUCUUGUUCCAACUUGGUUAGUAGCAUUAAUUGCAAGAAAAGUAUUUUUUUAUAUUAUAAAGUUUGCUUUUUAACUGAUAGAAAAGAUUGUAAAAUACACUAAAAACUUUGAAAAAUACCCAUGGUAUAAAAAAACUCAGGAGAAUCCAGAAUUUUAUUAAUGGCUAUAAAACAAAAUUGACAAUUAUUUUGCUUAAUAGUUUAAUUCUAAAUGA